AUGGACGAUCAAGUCAUCGCAAACGCAUGCUAUCUCUUGCAAGCCUUCCUGCUGCAUGCAGGCUUUAGCAAAACCGAAAGAGCACUACGACGUGAGCUCAUCAAAACUCGCAAGUCUGUCAAACGGCUAGACAAGAAACUUACCCCGACCGUACAACAAGAAGGCGGCGAGCUGUUCGUUCAGCUGCUGCGAGAUGUUGCGCCUGCAGUGAAGAGCCUGAAGAGCUACAGACCGUUAUCGAUCGUUCCUGUCCUGCCACAAGCUGCACAAGCACUAGCAGGCAAGAGCACACUCGGCUCUCCUCAAGCUUCCACCUCGACGCAAGCUCUAGCGCCGGCGCAGUCCGUUCAGACGAAUGGCACAGAUACCGCUGCUGCGUCAGAUAAACGCAAAAAAGUCAAAGCACCAAGAUCAACAGACAAGCCGGCAAAGAUGCGUCAAGGCAGCAAGAAGGCAGCCGAGCAUCCCAUUGUGGAGCAAGUGGUUGUACACGAGAUGGAGGUAGAGUCUGCAGUCGCACCCGCUGCUGCACUCUCGCACGUUCAUCCAGACCGUCUCAAGACGAUCGCUCCUCAAGCGGCAGCUGCUAUCGCUGCAGCACAAAGCUCGCGCUCGGCCUCACCUCUUGCAACGGUCACGACUAUUGAGCUCGAUGACAGUGCCCCAGCUACAAAGAAUGGCAAAGCCGCAAAGAAAGUGAAUACGCCCUUUAGACGCAUUCGCGCGGAGGAGAUCACUGUCGAUCCUCGUCUGGCAGAUAAUAGUUUUGCAGCAAAGGGUGGAGCCGCAAACACAGACUAUGGUCACAAGGCUGCUCAGGAUCUCAUCGUCACACGAGGCGCUGGCUUCCGCAAGGAAAAGAACAAGAAGAAGCGUGGAAGCUACAGAGGCGGGGAGAUCACGAUGGAGAGCCACUCGAUCAAAUUCGACUGA